AUGGACAUGGGGACCARCGGUCCCAGCGCCUCAGCGCCUCAGCGGCGGCAGCAGCAGAGCAGUGGCUCUAUGGACGCUCUGUGCUGUGUUACUCAGCUUGUUCUCCUCACCCUCUCCCAGUGUCCCGCACCCCCAGUGUCCCGCACCCUCUCCCGGUGGCCCUUCACUGGUCUGUCCCUUCCCUUCUCGGUUUCCCUUCUCCCCCUACCGGACGGGGCCAUACUCCCGGCCCGGGCGGGGCUGUCCCCUCCCCGCCCCCGGGCGUUCCGCUCGGGACUCGCCUCCGCCCGGCUCUCGCAGCUCUGGCGGUGGCGCUGCUGGGAGGGCAUCAGUGGCUGGGUCCUGGGCAGCGUCGCCAGUCGCUGGCACCGUCUGUCCCGACUCCGGCCCCGGCCCCUCCCGGUGCCCGCGGGGGACACACGCGAGGAGGAUGCCCGGCCCGGGGCGGUCGCGGGGCGCUCGGGGCCGUGUGUGGCCCCGGGCCGAACUCUUGACAGCCGCCUCUCGCCCGCAGGGAGGGUGCAGGAGGCCCUGAAAGAGCGGUACCGGGUGGUUUCGCUGCUGGGGCGCGGCAGCUUCGGCAGCGUGCUCGGGGACGGCGCCCCGGUGGCCAUCAAAAGUGUGGCACGGAACCGCAUCCGUCACUGAGGCGAGCUGCCCGACGGCACCAGCGCGCCGCUCGAGAUCGUCCUUCAUGAAAAGGUUUUCACACGGUGCCGUGCUGCACUUGGGACACACCAGAGCGGAGCUUUGUGGGCAGCAGCCUGUGGCUUCCAGGCACCGUUUGAUAACACGUCCUAA